CGGCGGAGGACGCGCCCGGCGCCCCUGAGCGGCGGCGGCGGCGCGCCGUGGGAUGAAUGACUGAUUCAUACCGGAGCUGCAGAGGCUGGCGGCGGGCGGUUCUGGGAUCCGGCGCGGGCAGAAUGCGCACACUCCACCUCCGAUUAACGCCAAAGGUGAUUUCAGAAGGAUGGCUGUCCUGCAAAACUUAGAGGAAGUUUGCUGACUGUGUUGGCGGUGGGACGCCUGCUUUGACCGUGGCUGAGUUGACCUGGUGCUGUUGCAGCGGGCUCUUGCUGGCCCACCAGGUGAGGGCCGAAACUCCAUUCUGUGGAAGAAGCUAAGGUUAACACUGCUUCACUUCUUGCUUUGCUGAAGCUUCUUCCUCCUCGGUCAAGCUUCGAUAGAUCUUCUUACAACAUAUGACACACAGAAUUUCUCUUUCCUAAAAUGGAGUCGAGUAAAAAGAUGGACUCCGUGGGCGCACUGCAGACCAACCCCCCGCUGAAGCUGCAGCCCGACCGCAGUGGGUCUGUGCUGGUCCCCGAGCAAGGAGGCUAUAAGGAGAAGUUUGUGAAGGCCGUGGAGGACAAGUACAAGUGUGAGAAGUGCCGCCUGGUGCUGUGCAACCCCAGGCAGACCGAGUGUGGGCACCGGUUCUGCGAAAGCUGCAUGGCCACCCUGCUGAGUUCCUCGAGUCCAAAAUGUACAGCGUGUCAAGAAAGCAUCSUUAAAGACAAGGUGUUUAAAGACAACUGCUGCAAGAGAGAGAUCCUAGCCCUUCAGAUCUACUGUCGGAACGAGAGCAGAGGAUGUGCAGAGCAGUUAACCCUGGGUCAGCUGCUGGUGCAUCUAAAAAAUGACUGCCAGUUUGAGGAACUUCCCUGUGUCCGUGCCGACUGUAAAGAAAAAGUCUUGAGAAAAGACCUGCGCGAUCACGUGGAAAAGGCAUGUAAAUACCGUGAGGCCACAUGUMAUCACUGCAAAAGCCAAGUCCCGAUGGUCACACUGCAGAAACAUGAAGACACUGAGUGUCCCUGCGUGGUGGUCUCCUGUCCUCACAAGUGCAGUGUCCAGACUCUUCUGAGGAGCGAGUUGAGUGCACACUUGUCAGAGUGUGUCAAUGCCCCCAGCACCUGUAGCUUUAAGCGCUAUGGCUGCGUUUUUCAGGGGACGAACCAGCAGAUCAAGGCGCAUGAGGCCAGCUCCGCCGUGCAGCAUGUCAACUUGCUGAAGGAGUGGAGCAACUCCCUGGAGAAGAAGGUUUCCUUGCUGCAGAAUGAAAGCGUAGAAAAAAACAAGAGCAUACAAAGUUUGCACAAUCAGAUAUGUAGCUUUGAAAUUGAAAUUGAGAGACAAAAGGAAAUGCUUCGGAAUAAUGAAUCCAAAAUACUUCAUUUACAGCGAGUGAUAGACAGCCAGGCGGAGAAACUGAAGGAGCUGGACAAGGAGAUCCGUCCCUUCCGACAGAACUGGGAGGAGGCCGACAGCAUGAAGAGCAGCGUGGAGUCCCUUCAGAACCGCGUGACCGAGCUGGAGAGUGUGGACAAGAGUGCGGGGCAGGCAGCUCGAAACACAGGCUUGCUGGAGUCCCAGCUGAGCCGGCAUGACCAGAUGCUGAGCGUGCAUGACAUCCGCCUGGCUGACAUGGACCUGCGGUUCCAGGUCCUGGAGACYGCCAGCUACAAUGGCGUGCUCAUCUGGAAGAUCCGGGACUACAAGCGCCGGAAGCAGGAGGCUGUCAUGGGGAAGACCCUGUCUCUCUACAGCCAGCCCUUCUACACAGGCUAUUUUGGCUAUAAGAUGUGUGCCAGGGUCUACCUGAACGGAGAUGGGAUGGGGAAGGGGACGCACUUGUCGCUGUUUUUUGUCAUUAUGCGUGGAGAGUACGAUGCUUUGCUGCCGUGGCCAUUUAAGCAGAAAGUGACGCUCAUGUUGAUGGAUCAGGGGUCCUCUCGGCGCCAUCUAGGAGAUGCGUUCAAGCCCGACCCCAACAGCAGCAGCUUCAAGAAGCCCACCGGAGAGAUGAAUAUUGCCUCUGGCUGCCCUGUCUUCGUGGCCCAAACUGUUCUAGAAAACGGGACGUAUAUUAAAGAUGAUACGAUUUUUAUUAAAGUCAUAGUGGAUACUUCGGAUCUGCCUGACCCCUGAUGAGUACCUGGGGAGGUGGAUUUAGCAGAAGGUAACUCCUCUGGGGGCUUUGAACCAGUCUGUCCUCACUGAGGUCCUCGCACUCAGAAAAGGACCUGGUGGGACGCAGGAAGCAGCAGGAGGCGGACGCACGGCUGGCGGGAGGAACCACACGUGAACACACUCCAGCGUUUUCUAACAGACUAGCCACACUCCACUCUGAAGAGUUAUUUAUCCUUCAAUGAGAUAAAUAUUGCUGUCAGAGGAGGGUUUCAUUUUCAUUUUUAAAGAUCUAGUUAAGUAAGGUGGAAAACAUAUGCUAACAAAAGAAACAUUUCUCUUCCGUAAACUUGAACACCCAAAAGAGGAAACGCACGUGGAGACAGCUGGACCUGUCGGCAUGAGCAGCAAAAGGGGAAUUUAUGAAAUGAUAAUGCAGUUCUGAUAUAUUCACCCUGAAAGUCAAGAGUGCAAUCUUGUUUCAAAUACAGUAUAUUGUCUAUUU